CGAUCUGGCCCUGUCCUGGUGGUCAUAGCCGUUCCAAAGUUAGUUAUCUAAUGUAUGCCUAUAUUUAACACUUGUCUGGGUUACUUUAUUUCUGUUCGUACAUAUAUUAGUAUUCUAAAAAUCCUUGCUACAGUGAUAUCGGGGGUGCUGUGCCUUUAAAGAAACUCUCGGGGCGGCAUAAUUGCGUCUCCAGGACGACAAACAAUUACAAAACGAUGCAGUUUGUUGCGAACAACCUAAAAGGAAGAGGGGGACUUUCAAAUUGAAAGCUACAAACGUGAAGGUUUGCGACUGUGGAUGUUUAAAAAAAAUGUAAUAUUAGCGCAGGGUAGGGAACAGUUUGAUAGCUUUUACAGAGUAAUUGUGCAGGAAUGUGUGAAAGAGGGCUGAUACACAGCACUACGCCAAGUAACGUUAGUAACCAAGACUGCCUGCUAGGUAACGUUAAAGGAUAGGUUAACCUUAAAUUGAUGUUCGUUUUCUACUGCAGGGCGUCACGGAAACUAUCGUUAAUCUCGCUGUUUUAAAAAAAAUCUGAGAUUGGGUUAUAAGCAUUUGUAAUUAAUGGGGACUUUGGUAUUAUCAAGUAAUAAUCGAAUGAAACGGCAAUGCCUAACACUGCAAGUAAAUGUUAUUAGCGAUAACUUAAGAUAGCAGGUUACGUUGGCAGGACUAUCUAUAACCUUUACGAAGCACUUAUUGUAGUGCUCUACUGAUGCAAAUAAGAUUACUUGAAUAUAUUUUUCGAGAAACUAUCUUCACCUGCUAGCUAGCUCUCUACCUUAACCUACCUGUCAGUGCCAAGCAAUGUUAGCUAGCAAACUAGGAAGCUAGCUCAAGUCAAGUCAUAUUCAUUCCAGAUUUCUUGAAGUCCUGCUUUCUACAAAGUUUCUGUGUUUGACUCUAAUAACCUUAAAGAAAGAGACAGGCUCCAGUAACCCUCACCACACGUUCAGACCUUGUAGACACGUGUGUUUGGGAAUAGCAUAACAGCAUCUCAAGGCAGAAAGACACUAUGAAUGUCUCCGAAGUGGAAGACCACAUCUCUGUGAAAUAUGAAGUGAAGAGAAGACUCGGAAAAGGGGCCUAUGGGAUCGUGUGGAAAGCUAUUGAUCGCAAGACAGGCGAGACGGUGGCUGUCAAGAAAAUUUUUGAUGCCUUCAGGAAUCGCACCGAUGCACAGAGAACUUUCAGAGAAAUCAUGUUUCUCCAGGAGUUUGGAGAUCACCCCAACAUAGUAAAGCUACUUGAUGUCAUCCGUGCCCAUAAUGACAAAGACAUCUACCUGGUGUUUGAGUACAUGGACACGGACCUGCAUGCUGUGAUCAAGAAGGGCAACCUGCUGAAGGAUGUCCACAAGCGUUACAUCAUGUACCAGCUCCUCAAAGCCACAAAGUACCUGCACUCAGGCAACGUCAUCCACCGAGACCAGAAGCCUUCAAACAUCCUGCUGGACACAGACUGCUUUGUGAAGCUGUGUGACUUCGGCCUAGCGCGCUCCCUCUACCAGACGCAGGAGGAUGCAGGGAAUCCCGCUCUGACAGAAUAUGUGGCGACGCGGUGGUACCGUGCCCCUGAGAUUCUCUUGGGGUCUGCCAGGUACACAAAGGGGGUGGACAUGUGGAGUGUCGGCUGCAUACUGGGCGAGAUGCUGCUGGGAAAGCCGCUGUUCCCCGGCACCUCCACCAUCAACCAGAUCGAGAAGAUCAUGAGCGCCGUGCCCCACCCCACACCCGAGGACGUUAUCUCCAUCCGGUCAGAGUAUGGUGCCUCUGUGAUCCAAAGGAUGUUGCUUAGGCCUCAGGUCCCGGUUGAGGAGCUGGUGGGAACUCCAGUGGAUGCUGAUGCUCUGGACCUGCUGAAGGGUCUGCUGGUGUUCAACCCUGAGAAGAGGCUCACUGCAGAACAGUGCCUGCAGCACCCAUAUGUGUCCAGGUUCCAUAACCCAGCCCGAGAGCUGUGUCUGGACUAUGAUGUCAUCCUGUCUGUGGAUGACGAUGUACAGCUGUCUGUCAUGCAGUACCGCAACAAACUAUAUGAGAUGAUCAUUGAGAAGAGGUGUAGUGGGUGGACCCAGAAGCGAUGGCACAGGAGGAGGGAGGAGGAGCAGAAGGGACAGGCUAAGGGUUGCUCAGGGUCCAGGGGAGACUGCACAGACAAUGGGCUGCCGAAGCCUAACGGGGCGGCCUCAACCCCAAAGGACGCUGGGAAAGGAGACAGUGGAGACGAUGGGGGAAGUAAGUCACCCAAUGUUCCCAAAGAGAAUCCUGCAACACGGCAACCAGCAGGCAGUCCAGUGUUACCGCAUAAACAGCCAGCCAAUGAAAAGACUGGAGCAGCACACACAACGUCACAACCAGCCAAUGAGAAGAGUGGUCCAGUCUCCACACAUAUACAACCAGCCAAUGACAGAGUUGGUGUGCUGUUGAGCCCCAGUGCACAGAAGACUACCUACAAUCCCAUUACUCAUGCUCCUAUGCUCUCCCAGCUGCAGCGCAAUGGACUGGGCCAAAGGAAGCAGCCGCAGCAGGUCACCACCACUGACCACAUCCCCAUUCUGCCAGCAGAGGGCGCCAAUGGGAACAUGAUGGGAGAUCACGGUCGUGCCCGUGGCCGGUCGGCUCCUAUUCCUCGCGUCCGUUCCUUCUCGCUGACGUUGUCUCGUCCUCUUAACAACCCCCUGAUGCGCCGGGACGAGCCCCCGGUGUCGUCUGGGUUAUGUGUGACCUCUGCGCGUCUGAACCAGCGUUCCCCAUCUCAGACGCGUGAGGCCCGGCCACAGGUCAGGUUCAGCAAGAAGGUGUUCCAGAGCAACUCCAACGUCUCGGUCGCUGGAGACCCCCGGGCCAAACUGGGCAGCUAUUCCCAAGCCUACGGCACCAUCAACAAGACUGAGCUGGACAACCUACUGAGGAGCCGCCACCAGCACUAGCACACUCAUUUGUACUCAGACAUAAACACACACACACACACACACAAACACCUACAGGAACACACACAGCAACCUGCAGCAUCGACAGAAAGACUGAAAUGGAUAUGUUCAGAAAGCUGCAACCAGCAUUAAGCACUCUAACACAUGCUUCCACACAACCAUGCACAAAUACAUGUGCACAAUUAUGCAAUCACAAAUACAUUGUACACACAUACACAUAAGUGUUGUAUGUGCAUACAUUCAAGGACUGUCCUACACAUGAAUAGAAUACUCAUGCUGUUGUUGUACAAACAGACCACAGAUCAGUUUAGAGGAUGAAAAACAAGGCUGUUGGCGAGACAACAGACAACUGGUGGGGAGACAAAUGUGAAAAGGAAAAUCAUUCUUUUGGAUGACCAGGAAAUAUUUAUGGGAGGACGUUGAGUUCAUUUAUGUGGACUUGGACAGUGUGUUGAAAAUUGAGCAUGUAAUAAGACCACGCAAAGCACAGCUUCUUUACAUAAAAAAAAGAAACAUGCUUUGGUUACUGUAAAGACUGAGGCCAUUAAGCAAUCAAGGAAAUGUGGCACACUGUUCUCUGGACCUUGAGUAGGUGAGAUUGGUGUUGCUGGGAGAUCAGAGCAGUGUGUGUGGUCUGGCUCUUCAAGCUGAAUUAUUCAGCAGUUGUACAGUAAAGUGUACAUAUACACAAAUAUAUGUUAGCAAUAAAGUUUCCAUACAUUUUCAC